GUUAAAAAUUGCCAACAAAGUGCUAAUUGGAGAUUCAGGGGAGGGUGCUGAAAGAAACCCUUUUCAUCCAACCUCCAUCCAUCCCCCUCCGGUCCUCUCUCCCCUGCCUUCGCACCCCCAUAUCCCUGUGAGCAGCCUCCCUGCUGCAUGCCUUCUAUCGCUAGCAGUAGUCGAGACUAGGCAAUCACCUUACCACCCAACCCCCUUCACCACUCCCCUCACUCCUUCCCUUCCCCUGCUCAAUCAAGAAAACCGCCUGUAG